AUGGUCGCCGAUCCAAAGUCUCUCCCCACAACAGGUCAAAUGGAAACAUGCAACACAGGUGAACUCGCCAAAUCCACCAAAUCACACCUCGCUCCUCUUACCGAACCACGAUCGAAACAACCACUAGAACGUAUCCACUCAGAUCUGAGCGGCAAGUUUUCCACUCCUUCUCUUCGCGGUUUUAGUUACAAUAUUACUUUCAUCGACGAUUACUCCAAGUACGCUCAUCUCUACUUCCUUAAAAAGAAGUCAGAUGCAGCAGCUGCCACACAACGGUACAUCGCAUACGUGGAGAAUCAAUUGUACAAAACAGUGAAACGGUUCUGA